AUGCCAUUGCAGCAGGGAGCCAGCUUCGUAGUCCCAUCUUGGCCGCAGCAGCCACUAAGAGAGGACGGAGCUUAUCAAACGCCGAUAAUGCUGGCUGCCUGUGCGACUAUGCCUAAAGAGGUGCUGGGCUGGCAAGGCACGAUCGUCGCGACCAGCCAAUCAAAUGCUAGCGUAAAACGGUUCAGGGUUUUGGGCUUCCCCGUCGUUCGUCGCUUGAGUGCUCGCAGUGCAGAGCUUAAGUCGCGAAAGCCGACACAGUCUGGAGGGGCUCUGAGGAGCGGGACGAGCGGGCGACGUGCUGCACACCACACCGCCGCCAUGGCGACUGUCAACUUUGAGGCCAUGGCCUCGAAGCUGGACGAUCCAAGUUCCGAUCUACGAACAAAAGUGGCUCAGGCGAUAGAGAUUCGGGACAACAUCGAGAGCUAUUGUCAAGGCCAGCAGUAUGCCGUCUUCCUGAAUCAUCUGGUCCCAGUCUUUCUCAAGAUACUGGAUGGCAACCCAGUCUUCAUAUCCACCUCUCCGGAACAGCGAAUACGAAAUUGCGUCCUCGAGAUAUUGCACCGACUGCCCAUGAACCCGACCGAGGCGAUAGAACCGCACGCUGCCAAGAUUGUCGACAAGCUCAUGAGCCUGGUCAAGCUGGAGAAUGAGGACAACGCGGUUCUGUGUAUGAAGACCAUCAUGGACUUCCAGCGACAUCAGACGAAAGCACUUGCGGACCGCGUACAGCCAUUCCUCGAUCUGAUCCAGGAAAUGUUUCAAACCAUGGAACAGGCUGUAAACGACACGUUGGACAACAAUACCGCCGCGCCAGCCUCGCAAGGCGUACCCUCGACCCCGAACACACAACAGUAUUCACAGUCUCCGCGACCGAGCUCGCCGGCAACUGUGCUGACCUCGGGAUCGGCAGGCGAUUUGGGGUCGGAACACCAACAGACGCGCAUGCUUUUGAAGGGGAUGCAGUCAUUCAAGGUGCUCGCCGAGUGCCCCAUCAUUGUGGUCUCACUGUUCCAAGCAUACAGGAACUGCGUGAACAAGAAUGUAAAACUUUUUGUUCCACUGAUAAAGAAUGUCCUGUUGCUCCAGGCAAAGCCGCAAGAGAAGGCGCAUGAGGAGGCCGAAGCUCAGGGUAGGAUAUUCACAGGUGUCAGUAAAGAAAUUCGGAACCGUGCGGCAUUUGGAGACUUCAUUACGGCACAGGUAAAGACCAUGAGCUUCCUGGCCUACCUACUGAGAGUGUACGCAAACCAGCUGAACGACUUUCUCCCCACACUUCCACAGAUCAUCGUACGGUUGCUAAAGGACUGCCCGCGGGAAAAGUCUGGCGCGCGUAAGGAGCUUCUCGUCGCCAUUCGGCACAUCAUCAAUUUCAACUUCCGCAAGAUAUUCCUCCCGAAGAUUGAUGAGCUAUUGGAUGAGCGAACUUUGAUCGGGGACGGCCUCACAGUAUACGAGACUAUGCGGCCAUUGGCAUAUAGUAUGCUUGCAGAUUUGAUACAUCAUCUGCGCGACUCGCUAUCCAAGGAACAGAUUCGCCGCACUGUAGAGGUGUACACGAAAAACCUCCAUGACAGUUUUCCGGGAACAAGCUUCCAAACUAUGAGUGCCAAGCUCUUACUCAACAUGGCAGAGUGCAUUGCAAAGUUAGAGCCAAAGGAGGACGCUCGAUACUUUUUGAUUAUGAUCCUGAAUGCAAUUGGGGAUAAAUUCUCGGCGAUGAACCGUCAGUACCACAACGCUGCAAAGCUAUCAGCGCAGUACAGCCAGCCUUCCAUCGACGCAGUGGACGAGAAUCACAUGGCUGUUCAGGAAAAUCCUCCGGACUGGGACGAGAUUGACAUAUUCAAUGCCACACCCAUCAAGACGUCUAAUCCUCGAGAUAGGAGCUCUGAUCCUAUCGCCGAUAAUAAGUUCUUGUUCAAGAACUUGCUCCACGGCUUGAAAAAUCUCUUCUACCAAUUGCGCGCUUGCAAUCCAUCGAAAAUUAAGGAAGAAAUCGAUGCGGCGAAUGCAUCUGCCAACUGGCAUGAGGUGUCCUAUGGCUACAACGCAGAAGAGGUGGAAGUCCUCAUCAAGCUCUUUCGAGAGGGUGCAAAAGUAUUCCGCUAUUACGGAUCUGACAAGGGCCCCGAGACGCAAGGCCUGUCUCCAGGUGACUACAUGGGCAACCAGCAUAUGAUGUCAAGCGGCAAAGAAGAGAAGGAGCUCUUGGAGACCUUUGCGACAGUCUUCCACCACAUUGACCCGGCUACGUUUCAUGAAGUGUUUUCAUCCGAGAUACCCCAUUUGUAUGAUAUGAUGUUCGACCACCCAGCGUUGCUCCACGUUCCUCAGUUUCUUCUCGCUUCCGAGGCAACCUCGCCUAGCUUUUCUGGCAUGUUGCUACAAUUUCUGAUGGAUCGGAUCGAGGAAGUGGGAACAGCGGAUGUUAAGAAGUCUUCUAUCCUACUCCGACUUUUCAAACUUUCCUUCAUGGCUGUCACCCUCUUUUCCGCGCAGAACGAGCAGGUGCUCUUACCACACGUCAGCAAGAUCAUCACGAAGUCGAUCCAACUCUCAACCACAGCCGAGGAGCCGAUGAAUUACUUCUUGUUGCUUCGUUCACUCUUCCGUAGUAUUGGCGGCGGCCGAUUCGAACAUCUCUACAAGGAGAUCCUCCCGCUUCUUGAGAUGUUACUGGACGUGCUUAACAACCUCCUUCUUACGGCACGCAAGCCAACAGAACGGGACCUCUUUGUUGAGCUAUCUCUUACGGUGCCGGCGCGACUCAGCAAUUUGCUUCCACACUUGAGUUACCUUAUGCGACCGUUGGUCGUAGCUUUGCGCGCAGGAUCUGAUCUUGUCGGUCAAGGCUUGCGCACGCUUGAGCUUUGUGUUGACAAUCUCACUGCGGACUACCUGGAUCCCAUCAUGGCGCCUGUCAUUGACGAGUUGAUGGCUGCAUUAUGGGAACAUCUCAAACCAAAUCCGUACAGCCAUUUCCAUGCUCACACGACGAUGCGCAUUCUAGGCAAGCUUGGUGGACGAAAUAGAAAAUUCAUUACUGGGCCACCAGAGCUCAAUUUCAAGCCUUACUCGGAUGAUCAGUCGUCUAUCGACAUACGACUCAUCGGCUCUACCAAGGAUCGUGCAUUCCCCGCCGAUAUUGGUAUCGAUGCUGCCAUUGCCAAACUACAUGAGAUCCCCAAGCUGCCAGCUGCCAAGAAAUCGGACGCUUUUCACAAGCAACAGGCGUUUCGCUUCGUCACAGCACACACCAAGCUCAUGGUCGGUUUUGACAGCUUGCCAGAAGACUUUGCGCAGCUUGUACGGUUGCAAGCUACUGACUUGAGCGCGAAGAAAUUCGAUGCUGGAAUCGAUAUUCUGACAGCCACUCAACGAGAAAAGUCUGUCACCAAGAAGGGAGUCGAGCAGGAUACACUGAAGAAACUAUUGAAAGCCUCCAUCUUCGCAGUGUCUAUACCAGAUCUAAAUCCAGAGGCGGAAGCAUUCGUGGCCAAUCUGGCGCGACACUUUACCCUUCUUGAGCUAGGGACGCAAUUCGCAACACUGAAGCAUAAGAACAAGCCAUUUGAUGUGCAUUCGGGUGAAGGCCCUGUUGUCAUUGAUAGCGACGUCAUCUCCGAGGCGAUUGGGGAGUCGCUUGCUUCAGAGCAUGGCGCUGUGCGUGAUGCAGCUGAGCAGGCCAUUAUGACAAUGCGGGACGCCGUCAAGGCAAUCUUCGGCAACGAUGCGCACCUCGACAAGUUUGCAUUCUUCAAUGAGCUCUCCAGUACCUUCUGCCAUAACUGUCACGCCGAAGACUGGUUCAUGAAAUCCGGCGGAACACGGGGUAUCGAAAUCAUGAUCAAGCAGCUAGGCCUUCCUCAAUCUUGGAUGGUAGCUCGACACUUCCAACUCGUCCAGGCUCUCAACUUCGUCAUGAAGGACAUGCCUGUUGAUCUCGAUUCCAAGACUCGUAUACAGGCUGAAGGUCUUAUUGAAGAUUUGAUACGACGGUGCCACAAGAAGACCACAAAGGAAGAAUUCGAGAAGGGCAACAACAUCACUCUGCGGCUGUGUGGACAGCUAGUCGGCGACUUAUCACACAUGAACAAGAGCGUUCGUGAAGCAACACAGAAGUCUUUUCUUGUUCUUUCGCAAGUCACCGAACUGGAAGUCAGUGAACUGAUUUCUCCCGUCAAAGACAGGCUGAUUGUACCUAUCUGGACGAAACCUCUCCGAGCACUACCAUUUGGAAUACAGAUUGCCUACAUCGACGCCAUCACAUUCUGUCUGAAGCUCAAGAAUAACAUUCUCGAAUUCAACGAUCAGCUCACCAGACUGCUUAUGGAAUCUUUGGCCCUGGCAGACGCAGAAGAUGAGGGUCUGGCAAGCAAACCGUUCGAACAGCGCAACGCAGAGCACAUCAUCAAUCUACGUGUUGCCUGUAUUCGACUCCUAUCCACCGCGCAGAGCUUCCCAGAGUUCAGUACCACACCGCCAAACCAGACCUUCCUACGUAUUAUUGCGGUGUUCUUCAAAUGUCUCUAUUCCAAGUCACCUGAAGUCAUUGAUGCAGCAAAUAUUGGCUUGUCAGGUGUAAUAUCAGCAACCAAUAAGCUACCCAAGGAUGUUCUGCAGAGUGGUCUACGACCAAUCUUGGUGAAUUUGCAAGAUCCACGGAAGCUCUCCGUCGAGAACUUGGACGGUUUGGCCCGUCUCUUGAAGCUACUUACCAAUUACUUCAAGGUAGAAAUAGGUACCCGCCUUUUGGACCAUUUGAAGAGCAUCGCGGACCAGAACAGCUUGCAGAAGAUUUCUUUCACCAUGGUGGAGCAAAACCCGAAGAUGAAGAUUGUCACUGGCAUCUUCAAUAUUUUUCACCUGUUGCCUCCAGCGGCGAGUACCUUCCUCAAGCAGAUCAUUGAGAAAGUCAUUGAACUUGAGACCGCGUUACGACGAACGCAUUACAGUCCAUUUCGCGAGCCAUUGAUCAAGUAUCUUUGCAUGUAUCCCAAGGAAGCAUGGGACUACUUUAUGCCAAAUCUCAAAGACCGGACGCAAGGCCGGUUUUUCGCACAGUUACUAGAGAAUGAGGCGAGUGCUGUUCUUCGAAAGCAAGUCAUGGAAGAUAUUCCUGGGUUCUUGGCCGCGAUGAAUCCCGAAGGAACCGACAAGGAGAAGUGCCAAGCUCAACUGAACACGAUUCAUAUUGCCUACGCCCUCAGUCAAUUUGAGGAUACCAAUAAAUGGCUGAUAUCGAGUAGCGAUCUCCGCAAAGGUCUGUUUGAAGCUGCUCGAUCACUAGAGCAGAAGCUUCGGAAGAAUAGCAUCGAUUCCGACCUACGCUUGGCAACUGAACAAGCUGGCGACCAGAUCAUGAUCAUCUUCACAACCUACCUCAAGCACGAGCCAAAUAACUUGGAAUUCUUCUUCGAGCUUGUCGAUGCCGUCACCGCCGAAGAUCUAAAGGCUUCAUCACGACUGUUCGAUUUCAUUUAUCGAGAGAUCGUUUCGAGCGAGUCUACUGAUCAUCUGAAGAUGCUGGUCAAUAAAUGCAUUGACUUGUACACAUCACGCACCUCUUCACAGAAGACCAAGACUUUCAUCUUCCGAUACAUCGUCAACCCUAUCUUCGCCAUGGACGUCAAGCGCAACUGGGACAGCUUGUUUGACGAAAAGUCCAAGGGUACCAAGCUCAUGAACAAAGCCAUGACUGAUACUAUUCACAACAAGCUCUGGAUGCCGCAAGCGCUGAUGGAUACUUCAGAGGAGACUGCACAACUUGGCGUGGAUCAUUCCCGCAUGGAGUUGCUACAAUUGACGACUCUCCUGCUCAAACAUUACUCUGGCAUGGUGAACGAGGUUCGCAAAGAUGUUAUCAAAUUUGCUUGGAAUUACAUCAAGCUUGAAGAUAUCAUCAACAAAUAUGCGGCAUACGCAUUGAUUGCAUUCUUCAUUGCACAAUUCGAGACACCAAUGAAGAUAGUGAUGCAGGUUUACUCGACAUUGCUCAGGGCGCACCAGAACGAGGGCAGAUCAUUGGUAAUGCAGGCACUUGAACUUAUGGCUCCGGUAGUCAAGAAGCGCAUGGGCGGCGGUGGCCCCAAGAUGCCGCGAUGGAUCCAGAUUCCCCGCAAGAUCCUGGCUGAAGAGAGCUCCAACUUACAGCAGCAAAUGAGCAUCUUCAACUUUGUAGUACGACACCCUGAUCUAUUCUACGAAGGUCGCGAGCACCUAUCAUCGAUCAUUAUCACUGCACUUUCAAAGAUUGCGCAACCUCCGAAUCCAUCGACGGAUGCCAAGAAGCUUGCGCUGAAUCUGAUCAGCCUUAUACGCACCUGGGAGGAGAAGGCUGCAAAUGAGGCCGAUGGCUCCGUCGAUCGCAAGUCAGAGUCGCCGCAAUCACUCAAGAGAAGGGCUGAUGGCACACUCAUAAAUCCAGGGCCAAGUGGCUUUGCUGCGUCGGUUGGUAUUCGUAUGAUGUUGAUCAAGUACCUCAUCCAGUUCAUCGCCUACUUGCCAGAACGUUUUCCCGUGGCGUCGCCAAAGCCAAAGGAUGCAGUUGCAGUCAUCACAAGCACAACUCAAUCUGCCGAGAUAUGCAAAAAGGCUGUACAGCUGCUACACGACCUACUCUCCCCACGACUGUGGAGUGAUUUAGACCUGGAUUUGAUGCUCACGAAGAAGAUUGAGGAGAUUCUCCUCACUGAGAUGAAGCAAGAUGACAAGGUCGAAGUCUUCAACUGUCGCAUGAUUAAUACGCUCCAGAUUGUCAAGGUUAUUGUCAAUGUCAAGCCGGAUGACUGGGUACUGCAGCGCGUUCCACAGUUUCAGAAGAUCUUGGAAAAGGCAAUUCGUUCGGAGAAUCCCGAUGUGCAGGCUAGUCUCCAUGCAACAGAUGAAUCUGAAGAUGGAACAAUGAAGCUAAAGCCAAUUCUCAAACGCAUACUCGAAGUCAUGCCUGAGCCUAUUACGGAUGACGAGGGAAAUACGGAAGACUCACCAUCGACAGAAUUUGUCGGCUUCUUGGGAGCUGUGGCAACGGAAGCACUUUCCGGCACUGGUCAAAUUUGCGCCAUCAACAUUCUCUGGACUUUAUGCCAGAAGCGGCCCGAGGAAAUUGACCAACAUAUUCCACAAGUCAUGAAGGCCUUCCAAGGCAAGAUGGCAAAAGAACAUCUUGCUGGUAAUACUACAACACCAGGCCAGCCGAUGCCACCUGGCAUGCGUCCCGAAGGAAAUAAUCCACCCACCGAUCCACGUGAAUUCGAGGUGCAGACUGAUCUUGUCCUGAAAACUAUCGACAUUCUUGCGGCACGGAUGAAUGAGCUUGGCGAGAAUCGCAGGCCGUACCUGAGUGUGCUGGCCUCAUUAGUGGAACGAUCGCAGACGAAUUCUGUCUGCAUGAAGGUUCUAGAUUUGGUAGAGGAAUGGAUUUUCCACUCUACUGAACCUGUGCCAACGCUCAAGGAAAAGACAGCCGUGCUCAGCAAGAUGCUGCUCUUCGAGCAUCGGCAAGACACCUCGCUGCUCACACGUUUCCUGGACCUCGUCAUUCGGAUUUAUGAGGAUCCGAAAAUUACGCGAAGUGAGCUCACAGUGCGUAUGGAGCACGCCUUUUUGAUAGGAACGCGGGCACAGGAUGUCGAGAUGCGCAACCGAUACAUGACAAUCUUUGAUAAGAGCUUGAGUCGAACUGCGGCUAGCCGGCUCAGCUAUGUGCUUGCUUCGCAAAACUGGGACACACUUUCUGACAGUUACUGGUUGAGCCAAGUGAUUCACUUGAUGUUCGGCUCGGUGGAGAUGAAUACACCUGCACAAUUGCACUCCGACGACUUCCGUCUUAUGCAACCAUCGACUUUGUUUGGAUCGUACAGCAGGGAUCCUAGAAUCAGCGAUGUCAUUGUCGACGAUGAGCUCGAGACGCUCGUUGUUGCUCAUCGUCGCUUCUGCAAUCAGCUAGCAGAUGUGAAGGUCAAGGACAUCUUUGAGCCGCUCGGUCACCUUCAACAUACAGAUAGCAAUCUCGCUCACGAUAUUUGGAUCGCUUUCUUCCCGCUUGCCUGGACCGCACUCACAAAAGACGAUCAGAGCGAUCUCGAAAAAGGCAUGGCAGCGCUUCUUACGAAGGACUACCACUCCCGCCAACUCGACAAGCGACCAAACUGCGUCGCGACUAUGCUAGACGCCAUUGUACGUGCUCGGCCGCGGGUUAAGUUCCCACCACACAUCAUGAAGUAUCUAGCGCAGACCUACAAUGCCUGGUACACUGCGGCAGUGUACAUGGAAGAUUCUGCAAACUCUCCCAUUGUCGAUGUUCCGAAGCUGCGAGAGAGCAAUCUUGACGCACUUUUAGAAAUUUACAGCGGUCUCCAGGAGGAUGACUUGUUCUACGGCACGUGGCGCCGCCGUUGCCAGUUCAUCGAGAGCAAUGCUGCUCUAUCGUAUGAGCAGUGCGGUAUUUGGGACAAGGCCCAAGCAAUGUACGAAGCUGCGCAGAUCAAGGCUCGCACUUCAGUACUUCCCUUCUCCACCGGCGAGUAUAUGCUUUGGGAAGACCAUUGGGUCAUCUGUGCUCAGAAGCUGCAGCAGUGGGAGAUUUUGAGUGAUUUCGCUAAGCAUGAGAACUUCAACGACCUCUACUUGGAAUCGACAUGGAGGGUGUUUGAUGCCUGGCAAAACGCAGAGACGCGUGAACAACUUGAUGCGACUAUCAAGGCGGUUAGCGAUGCCCCGACACCCCGACGAGUGUUCUUCCAGACAUUCAUGUCAUUGCUGAAGUUGCACAACAAGCAAGAGUCUCAACCAGAGUUCCAUCGGCUUUGCGAUGAGUCCAUUCAACUAUCGAUUCGCAAGUGGCACCAACUUCCUCGACGCAUCACUCAAGCGCACAUUCCACUGUUGCAGCACUUCCAGCAAUUGGUCGAGCUGCACGAUGCCAGCGUUAUCUGUCAGAGCCUAGCACAAACGACACAGGUCAACUUGGAUGUGAAGUCACAGGAGCUCAAGCUGCUUCUCAGCACCUGGCGAGAUCGCCUGCCCAACUUCUGGGACGACAUCAACGCAUGGCAGGAUCUCGUGACCUGGCGACAGCACAUCUUCCAGCUCAUUAAUGGUGUCUAUCUCAACCUCCUACCGCCAAAUCAGAAUAAUGCGAGCGGCAACUCGUUUGCAUACCGAGGUUACCACGAGACCGCUUGGAUCAUCAAUCGCUUUGCACACGUCGCUCGCAAACACAACCUACCAGACGUGUGCAUCAACCAACUCGGCCGCAUUUACACUCUGCCUAACAUCGAAAUCCAAGAAGCGUUCUUGAAGCUGCGCGAGCAGGCCAAGUGCCACUACCAGAUUCGUGCCGAUCUCAAUAGCGGCCUGGAAGUGAUCAACAACACCAAUCUGAACUAUUUUGGUCCGCAGCAAAAGGCAGAGUUUUAUACGCUCAAGGGUAUGUUCUUGGCUAAGCUUGGCAAUAAGGAGCAAGCUGGCGAGGCUUUCGGUACAGCGUUGUACUUUGACAUUAAGCUGCCAAAGGCAUGGGCUGAAUGGGGCCGGUACAAUGACAUGCUGUUCAAGGAGGAGCCACAAAACUUGGAGCGGGCUGAAGCAGCACUCAGCUGUUACCUUGAAGCCGCGAGCCAGUUCAAAAAUGCGAAGUCAAGGAAGCUGCUCGGUCGCGUGCUGUGGCUGCUCAGCUUGGAUAAUCCGGAGCGGAAGCUGGCAGAGAAGUUCGAGGAAUUUAAGGGAGAUACUCCGGCUUGGUAUUGGAUCACAUACAUACCGCAACUGCUCAAUAGUUUGUCACGGCAAGAGGCGCCUAUUGCCAGGUCCAUCUUGGGUAAGCUUGCGAAGACAUAUCCACAGGCGCUAUACUGCCAUCUCAGGACGACCCGAGAGGACAUGGUGGUGCUGAAGAAGAAUCACGAACAGAAAGAGGCGAAAGAGAAGGCGGCAAAGGCGGCGAAGCAACAACAACAAGCACAGGCUUCUCCAGCUUUGAAACAGGGCUCGCCUGAUGCUCGUCCCGACUCGAGUAGCGGCCGACCAAAUACUGCUGCGGGCGAUGGCAAGACUGCUGCAACUGGGACACCGAACGGUACUGUCAAGACUGAUGGUGCUGCUCAAGGGAGUCCUGCCACCAAUGGUGCCCCUGCUGGUCCCGAUGCACCGCCAGCCCCCAAAAAGCCAUGGGACCAUGUCGAGGAGAUCAGUGCAAUCCUUAAGACGGCUUUUCCACUUCUCGCUCUUUCUAUGGAAACUAUGCUCGAUCAGAUACAAAAGAACUUCAAGUGCCCUCCUGACGAGGACGCAUACCGACUCAUUGUCGCACUGUUGAACGACGGAUUGUCUUACGUGGGGCGCACACCAGGCCUCUAUGCUCGUGAGAUCAAGUUGCCCCCGUCCACCGAGGCCAACAUUACGCGUUUCGCCGAGUCCGUCCUGCCACCACAUAUUCGCAAAGCCUUUGAGCGUGACUUUGUUACGAACAAGCCCACCAUGUAUGAAUACAUUCAAAAACUUCGUACAUGGAGAAAUCGCUUUGAAGAGAGGCUCGACCGCAGAAAGCUCAGUGUUCCGCUGGAGCAGUACACGCAUCAGCUCAGCGAGUUUAGGUUCCUCAAGUUCGAUGAUGUGGAAGUCCCUGGGCAGUACUUGCAGCAUCGCGAUAAGAACUCUGACUUUGUUCGCAUCGAGCGCUUCUUGCCGGAUGUCGAGUUGGUGAGAGGUAUCGGUAUAUGUCACCGCCGCCUCAAGAUCCGCGGACAUGAUGGAAGUAUGCAUCCCUUUGCCAUUCAAUUCCCCGCUGCCAGGAGUUCCAGGCGAGAAGAGCGUAUACUGCAGCUGUUCAGAAUUUUCAAUGGCAUCUUGUCCAAGCGCAAGGAGAGUCGAAGGAGGAAUCUACAGUUCCACUUACCACUGAUGAUCCCGAUUUCGCCGAGUGUACGGAUGGUGCAGGAUGACUCUUCGUACAUGAAUAUGCAAGGCAUCUACGAGGACUAUUGCCGUAAGAAUGGCAUCAACAAGGACGAGCCGGUUCUCUUCACCAUUGAGAAACUCCGUGCACUACAACCUGUAAGUAAACCGUCGUCCCGUCAUCCCCUUCCCCGUCUCCCUCGCAGCAGAUCAUCGACUAACUCACGCGAGCAGAAAAAUAUCGAACAUGGAAGUAGUAUCCGUCUUGAGACCUUUGCCGCCGUCCAAGAAAAAUACGUCCCACCAACCGUCGUCCAAGACUACUUUCGCGCCACCUUCCCCUCCUUCGACGACUUCUGGCUCUUCCGACGCACCUUUUCCUACCAGCUCGCCUCCCUCACAUUCAUGACAUACGUCAUGCAUAUGAACACACGCUACCCCCACAAAAUGAGUGUCUCGCGCUCCUCUGGCCGCAUCUGGGGCUCCGAGCUUAUUCCCAGCAUGGCCGUCGGCAAGCCCAUCCUACACAACAACGAACCCGUUCCCUUCCGCCUAACGCCCAAUCUCCAAACCCUCAUGGGCCCGCUCAACGUUGAAGGCAUCUUCGCUCCCGCCGUCAUGACGGUUGCCCGCUGCCUGAUUGAACCCGAGGGCGAGCUUGAGAUGCAGCUGAGCAUCUUUAUGCGCGACGAGAUGAAUCACUGGUUUGCGACGCAGCACAAGAAUGGCCAGUUGACGCCUGAGGUGCUGCGUGAGAGCGUGCAGACGAAUAGCGAGUUGGUGGUGAAGCGUGCGAGUGCGAUUGGUAGUUUACCGACUUCGGCCAAUUUGCCGGCGAACCAGACGGUUGUAGAUCUUGUGGCUGUUGCGGUGCAUCCGCAGAAGUUGAGCCAGACGGACCCGCUGUGGAUGGGGUAUUUGUAG